GGAGGGAGGGGGGCUCCUGUGUUCUGUGGAGCAGCUGGUAGUCCAUUGCUAACUACAGCGUGUAUGUCACCCUCUCUGUCGCUGUGUCCUCAGCCCUGACUUUCUGUCCGAGUGCACGUCUCUUACUCUAUUUCAACAUCUCUCUCUCGCCUACGACUUUCAACACUUUACAGAGAGGAGCCAGCGGCAGGGACUGGGAGACUAGCCAGGGUCGAGGCAAAGAUGAACGGAGCAAAGUACAGAGAGAUCCUUGAUGAAAACCUGCUCCAGAGUGGGCAGGACCUCAGACUGGGGCAAACGUUCACCUUCCAACAGGACAACAACCCUAAGCACACAGUCAAGACAACGCAGGAGUGGCUUCGUGACCAGGUUUCAGACUGGAGGGCAAGGUCCCAGCAGUGUCCAGAGGGGGGGACAGUGGUGAGGUCAGUUCCCUGUCUGGAGAGCAGAAGCCUGAUUGGCUGGGCCCCGCCACGUUACAGCUGAGCCAGGGAGACAGUGGCGGGUCUGGCCCCUGGCAGACAGAGAGCAGCCUGGCUGAGUCCUGGUCCACCGUGGGAGACAUGAUGGACACCGAGGACACCAAGAGCCUGGACAGCAGCGACGGAGUGGUCCACCUAGCUGAGGAGCGCAGCGAGAACCACUCCUCCAUCUCCGACAUGGUCCACCUAGAGCGGGAGGAGAAGAUACUUGCGGAGGAGGAGGAGGACGGGAGCCUGGGGGAAGAGGAGGAGCUGCAGGCCUGUGUGAUGAGUGUGUUUGGGGGAGGAGGAGACAUGUCUGAGUUCAGGGAAGAGGAGCUGGAUACCCAGGAAUUAUUACCUUCAUCUGAGGUGUCAGCUAACCACCAAGAGACUAUGGAUUUAAUGAUGUCUGUGGCUGAGGAGCUAUUUGUCCAGGAGGAGCCUGUUGAAUUAUCCCACGCCACCACUGCCUCUAUGCCCAUGCCAGUUUGGAAGCUAGAGCCCCCCUCUGCCUCCUCUACUCCUGUCCCCUCAAUACCUACACUAGCUGAGUUACAUUCAGAGCUCCAAUACUCUAUGCAGGAGCAGCUCCACCCUCCCCCGGUCCUAGGACCAGGAGCACCACAGCCACCAGACCAGAGCCAAACUAACAGCCAACCAGAGUCCUUGGCCUCGCUCCACACUGCCCAGGAGACACAGGAAAUCCCACCAGUGACACAGGAGGUUCCACCAGAAAAGACAGAGGCAGAGCUUGCUACAUCGCUCCAUGCCACUGAGCUACCUGUGCUGCUGUGUGGGAGCGCUGCAAUGGUGGCUAUUGUGGGAGUAUUAGCUUAUGGGGCUGUGGCUUACUGCAGAAAGUAGCAAACCCCUAUCCUGUGAGCCCCAGCAGCCAUAUAACCCAGGUCUUUUAAAAUCUACUCUAAACUAUUCCACCAAGUACAUACUGGAUUUUACACAAUGCGUUUCUUUGCAUCUAAGUAGUAUUAUAAAGGUUGGUUACAUUUUUUAUCUAUUUCCUGUGCUACCUCAGUCCACGUAAGAGCUCAGGAGAUUUGUAAGAGCAAGAAUAUUUGUUUCUCUGUAAAUUCACAGGAAAUUACACUUUUAAAAUAUCUUAAAAAUCA